ACCGGUAAAAGGUGAUACAAGAUAAUAUGCCCCCCUCUAACCAGUGAUAUUUUUAACGUUCCGGUCCCCAUACAUAUGUUAUGAUUGGUGAUCAAUCGGAGCACAGCACCGUAGUGCUGUUACAUCACUCACUUCUUAGUAACAUUCCUCGAGUCCAGGCACUUAUAACAAUGUCAACAUAUUGACCUUAAUCAUGGUGGAAGCCGUUCCUUUCAGCAUCGCGUCCACCGUCAAAGCGUUGAGCGGCGCGUUGCGGAGAGACGUUGAACAUGAAGCCGAGUUCAGCCGCGAGCGAGACAGCGCCAAAAACCUGAGAAAUCGUGACUUCUUGUCACCCAACACGGCUCUGACGACGUUGUACGACGAUGGAAAGGUUCCCACUGAUUUCCUCAGUGGUGUUCGCUCUCUCCAUGGCAGUGGUGUAUUGCCGAUAGGAGCCACUGACGUGACAGCAGAAGGCCUGCGUGUGUGUGUGGAUCGCUGUGCAGCAUUUAAAGGUGUUUUAUGUGGAAUAAUGCCAUAUCUGAGACCUGCUGCUCAGAGACAGGGCUGUAUCCUCAUCAACUGUCCUGCGCUCCACACCAAACAAUCCAUAGCAUCUCCAGAUACACUAGCUCUGGGGCAGCUACGGACCGUUCUCAUAGCUGACCACCUCGGGGCACAUCUCAGAAGACAAGGGUACACCGUGUCCUUUUGUCCAGCCUUGCCACAGGACAGUGACAUUGUCAACUUUCUGAAAACACUAGGCAUUGAUUGGCCGACAGUCCCUGUCAGCUGCACCAAUGAGGACAGGGAGGAGAAGAUGAAAAAGGUUUUAGAGAACUCAACUUACAGAGACCGAGAGAUAGAGAAGGGGAAAAGGAGAAGCAGAGGAGAGGAAAUAGAGGGAGAGAAAAGGGGGAUAAAAGAGGAAGUUAGGAUAAACCUUAAACAAGUGCUACAGGAUGAGAACGUUCAGGGAUAUGAUCCCAGUCUUGGCACUUGUACAGUGCACAGAGAAGCUUUGUGUCAUCUGGCCCAGCUGGACAGUGCAACCGCAGAUCUCCCUGUCUCUACGGCAACAGCCCUGCAUGUCACUUCCUGUCAGGACGAGUUUCGUCAGCAGCAAACAGCCAUGUUGUGGAGAGCAGCGGGUGCAACAGCAGUGCAGAGAUUGGUGAUUUGUGGUCCUGUUAAAACUCCUGACGUUCAGAUGAAUGCAGCUCAGUAUCUUCAGUUAAGAAAAGCUCAGAUGAAAGAGGCCUCAGAAAUGAAGUAUGGAGACCAAGUUGAAGGUCAGACGUGGGAUGACAUCAUUAGAAUCAUGACCUCAGCUACCGUGAGGUUUGAACUGCUGUCCACAGUGCACACAAGUCCGGUGACCUUAGAUGUUCAGCGGGACAGUGGUGUGUCCACAAAGGGCCCCAGGGGUGGAGUCUUUGUCAUGUAUAACUGUGCUCGUCUUCACACACUUUUCAGCAGCUAUGAGAAAGGGGUGGAGCAAGGUCUUUAUCCUGAAAUCCCUGAUGGCGCAGAGCUGGACUUUUCUGCCUUAAAAGAGGAGGGGGAGUGGCUUCUUCUCUUCAAUUACCUCAUUCCAUUCUCUGAGCUGCUGGACCAAUCAGGACCGAUCCGGGAGCACGAAGGGGGUACAGCCAGAGUUAAUCUUAGGACUGAACAGGUGUGCAGAUUCUUGGUGUCUCUCAGUAAAGAUUUUAGCUCCUACUACAACAGAGUUCACGUCCUUGGGGAGCCCCUGCCUCAUCUUUUCAAUCAGAUGUUUUGUCGUUUAUUGUUGCUUAGAGCAUUAAGAGAACUUUACCACAGCGCCCUGGACUCCCUUAAUCUUCCCCCAAUUCCCCAACUAUAGCAGAAAGCCUACACCAACAGCCACAAACUCUCUUCCUUAACAGCCAGCACUCUUCCAUUUUUCUCAACUAGUACACUUUAGAGACCUUCCUCAUAGCCACAGUUGCCUGGCCAUCAAGACCUUAAAAAAGACUGAAAUGCACUACACAAGGCAGGAUGGACCCCACUGAAUCUGUCACUAUUCAACCCAUUCAUUCAAUAAAUUAUAAUUAGUCUGAGAAUUCGCCCCACCAAUGUCGAAAGAAGUUGCUUUCUUUCACAGUGAAUUUAAAUUCUCCUGCACCAUGUCCAUCAAUUCUGACCUUCUACAUGAAUAUGGAUUCUGUGUAAUAAUGUUUAAUUGGUGUAAGUGCCCAGAUCUAUUUGUUUAACUCUGAACACAUAUUGUCAGCGUAGCACAUUUGUUCUUACAGUCUGAUAGAUGCACAUGCAGUAAACUAUCUGUCACCACUGUUUCUUAUUAGGAAUUAUGUCAGACUUCAUGAUCUGGGAUGCUACUUCCUUUAUCUGUCCCAAAUACAGAGUCUUAAUUCUCAAGUUUCCCACAUUGUUCCUCAUGGUUUAUGCCGCUCAAUGUGUACAGGUGUACUACUGAGAUUCCUCAUGUGCCAUACAGUUGAGAUGUGUUGGUACUCUCACUUUUCACAGAUCUGUCCCAUAUGCCACACAGUAUUCAAAGCCCUGAGAGUACUCAACACAUUUACUUUGACUGUGUAACAUUCACACAAUUCAAAGUUUUUGUUAGUGGUGAUUUCACUCAAUGUAUUGAAAAAAACAGCAACCCUGCAGAGACUUGAUAAUUAAAAGAGUGUCUGCUUCAA